UCGGUGGUCCUGAUCGAUGCACGAGAUUACUCUAAUGCACGAGGACGAGUUGAUGCAACUCCGUGAUGUAGCUCGAGCUUAUUUUACUGUGGCGUAUCUUUGGGAGGAGGUGAAAGUUUCUUGACAAGAUGACUUUCGCCUUUCGCAAUGUAGCUAGCGAGGCCAGCAAGAGAUUGUUACUCGGUCUCGAAGCGUCAGUGGCCCAAUUGUCCAACGGGCAGCCGUGUCACGGCGACACGACACGGCCGGUCCGAUCCUGCCCCGACACCACCCCUUCCCGGGAGCACGAGAGCGCCCGCCGCGCGUCUAUAUAGAGAGGAGAGCCCCGCCGCCGUCUGUCAUCUCCGUCCUCGCACACGCACACUGGCUACUCACCAGCAUAGUGGUAGUACUGCCGUUUUGAGGUCAAGUUGGCCAUAUCCUACGCGCAGCGCAAGGCACAGGAGCGGAGCGACGCGUGCGAUCGAUGAGCGAGGGCGCGCGGAACACGCGGCAGUUCCGCGGCGCGUGGAGCGGUGGCGGCGGGACGGGUGGCAUUGGCAGCGCGAGCUACCGGGACGGCGACGGCGGCAUUGGGUCCCCGCGCUACAGCGGCGUCAACGCAGGGAUCCUGGACGAGCAGGUGCUGUUGCUGGUGUUCCGCUCCAUCAACUGGGACCCGCAGGCGGUGUGCACGGCGGCGAGCGUCAGCCGGCGGCUCCGCGCCGUCGCGGAGCGCGUGCUCUGGCGGGAGCUCUGCAUCUCGCGCGCGCCGCGGAUGGUGGCGUCCCUCACGGCGGCCGCGGGGGCAGGGGCCGGAGCGGGCGCGGCCCCGCCGCCUCCGGGGCGCAUUGGCGGCGGGUGGCCGGCGCUGGCGAAGCUGCUCUCCUUCUGCUGCGGCGCCGCGGGGAAGGCCGUGCCGGUGCCGGUGCCGGGGCACCUCACGCGGGUGUCGCGCUUCUCCAAGACCUCCGGGCGGAGCUUCCUGUCGCGGCGCUGCAGGAGCGACCUGCUGUACGUGUCCGACCCGUGCGAGCACGCGGUGCCCGGCGCGGACGACGAGCUCGGCGCCUACCGCGGGGUGUUCCGGUGGUUCAUGCGGUCGCGGACGAGGGCCUGCCUGCUGGGCCGCCGGGCGGCGCUCGACCCGAGCGUGCGCUGCCCCUACUGCGGCGCGCGCGUCUGGAACAUGGUCGCCGCGAACCUCGUGCCGCGCGGCGCGUCCCGCCGGAUGGGCUCUGACGAGGGCCGGCUCGAGUACUACGUCUGCGUCAGCGGCCACGUCCACGGCAAUUGCUGGCUCGCGCAUCUCACAUCAAGUGACGGCGAGCACGACGAGUCCGACCAGGCGUCCGGAGGUAGCAGCGGUGAGGACGGCGAUGUCGCCCAGUGAGCGUGGUUUUCAGUUUUCCAUGGAUUGUCAAGCAGAGGGUUGAGAUGUGGCUGUGUGCCAUCAGCACUACGGCGCGUAGCUAGCUUAGAUUGCUCGAUGUAGAUCAGAGGGUGGAAUGGGCUGCUCAUCAGAGGACUACGUACUAUACUUUCCAGAGAGGACUCUCCUCUGUUUUUGCGUGCUCUGUUCUCGUAUUUUAGUUCAUUAAUGCUGUAGCUUUGCCGGCUUUGUUUUACUCUCCUUUGUUUCCCUUAAGACCGAUGUGUUACCGUGUAAGCGUUUUUAAAAUAGACCAGGUUUAAGACGCAAAAGCAAUUACUUUUAUUAAUUAAUACUAGUACUUCCUUCGUUUCUGAA